AUGUUCUGGAAAGCUAUUCUCGCUUUAUUUUUUAUUCACACCAUCAAUGCUCAACAAUGCAAAUACACCAGAGAUAAAUUGAUCGGCAAUCGAUGCUACUCGUUCGUCUCCAAAAAGCACCAUUACAAAGCAGCCCGACAGUACUGUCACGAUGAGGGAUUCUUUCUGGCUACCGUAGACAGUGCGAUCGAUUCGAAUUUUGUCGCUGCAACGGCCGCCUCGGAGUUCGGAAAAUCGAAUGGAGAUCUGUUCUAUUGGGAUGACAACUCUACCGUGUCUUAUUUGAACUUUGAACGAGGAUAUCCGAAUAAGCACGACAACGUUGCUGAACGAAUUGCAACUAGUCGAUGGGUGACGCUUGACAGCUCGAAGUCGAUUGAGUUUGUGUGCUCAUACCCGCCGUUUGUGAAGCCAACGACGACAGUUCGACCAACUACGACGACAAGCACAACGAAAAGAGCGACGACUCAGAAGUUGUUGACGACGACAACUCGCAAACCAACGACGACGACGACGAGGAGAACGACGUGCCCUGAAGGGUUUACAUUGUAUCCCGAAACAUCGAAAUGCUAUUUGAUUAUCGAUUAUGGCAAGGACUCAAAAUAUCCACCACUUCCGGAUGACGCUCCACCAUUGGCUAGAGAAUCGCAAAGAUGCGAGAAGUAUGGCGCAACAUUGGCGACAAUUCAUUCGGAAGGCCUCAAUGAUUUCUUCCGAUCUCUGAUCUACAAGCAAUAUGGUGACAUGCGCUACACGACCAUCGGAAUGAGGAACAUGAACGGAAACUGGGAAUGGAUUGAUCAGUCGGCGAAGGACUUUGUCAAUUUUGGAGAGGAUUUCCCAAAAGUUGGAGACUCGUUGGUGCAGAUGUCCCCGAAUGGAUUUUGGGUAUCGUUCACGCGGACUGCAGCCAAUGAGGGCGUCAUGUGCAGCGUCGAUCUUUAA